UACAAUUCAAGUCGAUAAAGCCUCCCCCACCACACGAAGAAAAUUAAGAAAAUCUAUCUAUGGAAGAAGUAAAGCUACUAGGAGCCUGGCCAAGUCCAUAUGUUCAUCGAGUUAUAUGGGCACUGAAACUCAAGGGUAUCAAAUAUGAAUAUGUAGAACAGGAUGUAAUAUUCAACAAGAGUGAUAUGCUUUUGAAGUAUAACCCAGUCCAUAAGAAGGUUCCUGUGCUUGUUCAUGGUGAGAAACCCAUCGUAGAAUCCAUUGUCAUCCUCGAGUACAUUGAUGAGACUUGGCCACAGAACCCCUUGCUUCCAGAUGAUCCUCACGAGAGAGCUGUGGCUCGGUUUUGGACAAAGUUUGAAGAUGACAAGAGCCCAGCCUUUUUUGCUUUCUUUCGCGGUGUAGGGGAAGAACAGGAGAAGGCAACAAAAGAAGCCAAACAACUGUUGAAAAUAAUAGAAGAUCAUGGCCUUGGGGAGAAGAAAUUUUUUGGAGGCAAUAAGAUUGGAUUGGCAGACUUGGCCUUUGGAUGGUUGUCUGCCUGGCUUGAAGUCAUGGAAGAAGUAGUUGGUGUAAAACUGAUGGAAGCUAAUAGCUUCCCACACUUAGAAGCUUGGACUGAAAGCUUCAAGGAAGACCCCAUGAUCAAAGAGAACCUUCCUGACCGCGAUGAAAUGUUGACAUAUUUCAAAAGCCUAAGGGAAAAGUUUAUUGCAUCAGCAACAACAUAAAUAUAGAUUCAUAAAUAUAAAUAAGGAUCAUAAAUGUGGCAUGCACAACUUGUUCUUUAUGUCUCAUUGUUGGAAAAUUACUACAUGAAUCUUAGUUCAACAUGCAUAACAAACAAGAAGUGAUGUCUAUGUGGGAAUAAAUCAAUUUCGGCCUCCUCAUUGCUUGGA